UGCGUCUCGAGCUCCGCUUAUAACCUCGCCGGUCUUCGAGUCUGCGCCAUCUUCGCUCAGAUCUGUGAACGCGGACGAUAUUGCUCCCAGAUAUUCAUAAAAGAUGCGGAUCGUGUGCUCAUCGAUGUGGCUGCAGUUGGCUCUGGGACUGGCCCUCCUGGGUGCUGCGUCAUUGCAGCAGCUGCAGUCGUUCCCCAAGCUCUGCGAUGUCCAAAACUUCGACGACUUCCUCCGCCAGACGGGAAAGGUGUACUCGGACGAGGAGCGCGUCUAUCGCGAGAGUAUCUUUGCGGCCAAAAUGUCGCUGAUCACGCUGAGCAACAAGAAUGCGGACAGCGGCAUAUCCGGAUUCCGGCUUAGUGUCAAUCCGCUGGCCGACAUGACCAAGAAGGAAAUCGCCACCUUGCUGGGCUCAAAGGUCUCCGAAUUUGGCGAGAGAUACACUAAUGGCCACAUAAACUUUGUGACUGCCAAGAGUCCGGCAAGUGCCAAACUUCCGGAGAAGUUCGACUGGCGUGAGAAGGGAGGAGUGACGCCGCCCGGAUUCCAGGGCGUGGGAUGCGGUGCCUGCUGGUCGUUCGCCACCACGGGUGCUUUGGAGGGUCACCUCUUCCGGCGCACGGGAGUGCUGGUUUCGCUGUCGCAACAGGAUCUGGUGGACUGUGCCGAUGACUACGGCAACAUGGGAUGCGAUGGUGGCUUCCAGGAGUACGGUUUCGAGUAUAUCCGCGAUCACGGCGUCACGCUGGCCAACAAAUAUCCGUACACGCAGACGGAGAUGCAGUGCCGCCAAAACGAGACGGCCGGUCGUCCGCCCAGGGAGAGUCUGGUGAAGAUCCGUGACUAUGCCACGAUCACGCCGGGAGACGAGGAGAAGAUGAAGGAGGUGAUCGCCACACUGGGCCCACUGGCCUGCUCCAUGAACGCGGACACCAUUGCCUUCGAGCAGUACAGCGGCGGGAUCUACGAGGACGAGGAGUGCAACCAGGGCGAGGUGAACCACUCGGUCACGGUGGUGGGCUACGGCUCGGAGAACGGACGCGACUACUGGAUCAUCAAGAACUCGUACUCCCAGAAUUGGGGCGAGGGUGGCUUUAUGCGCCUUCCACGUAAUGCCGGCGGAUUCUGCGGCAUCGCCAGCGAGUGCAGUUACCCGAUUCUGUAGACAGCCAACUAUGAAACUCAAUUAGAUAGGUAGUAUAGCCAAUUACAAACCACGAAUUUAUAACUUUGUUACUGUAGUAUGUAGCGUUGCGGUGACGUCAUGCUGUCCAUGAGUCACCCGACUAUUCAAUAAAAAAGUGCCUUAUCAGUGUAAA